GAAGAAGAGAGAAGGAGAGGAUGUUCUUCUUCUUCGUGGGAGGGUUGGAGCAGCAGGCAGGGAGGGUGUUGCAGGAAGCGGCGGGGCGAUGCGUUCGAUGCGGCGGAAUAACCGAUCUGGUGGAUCGCGAGAAAGUACUUAAGCUCUUCUUUGUUCCCUUGUGGCGAUGGUCGGACAAACAACCAGUCUUCUUUUGCCGCAACUGCUCAUUCCUCUUCCCCCAAUCUCUCCCAGUCAACGGCGGUGACCCCCCACAGUUAAAUAGCCCGCAUUAACGGGAAUUCCGAAUCUCUAAUGUUAAACUUUUGUGUGUGUGAGAUAUGUAAAUUAGGAGGUUUUACUACAUAUGAAAUGGUUUAAUACUUACAUGAUUUCUAUAUUAUGUGAACUUGUCACUGCAAUUUGUAAGCCAAGCAUGCUGAUUUUUCAUUGCGUGAUUUUUAGAGAUUUUAAAAUCAAAGUAAGUUGAUAUCGUGAUUUUUGAAGUUAUUUGUAAUUUUUUGAAUUUAUGUUUAUGCACGCAUGUGGCAGCUGUUAUUAUGAAUUUGACUAAUCAGAUUUGCGGCGGUUU